GACACCUGUACAUACCACACCUGUUCAGACUACAGUGUUUCCAGGAUGCUACGUUCAGGAGCUGGAUAAAUAUAUUGGGCUGAACGAAGAAGUUUAUCGCGGCGAUUGUGAAGUAUGCUACUGCAAACCUGAUGGUUUGGACUGUCAAAGGGGACACUGUAACAUCGAAAACUGUACUGACAAUUACUACCUUCAUUUAACUGAUGACUGUUGUGAAUGCCGACCAUUACCAACAGUAACGCCAACCAUGACCUCCCCAGUGUGCUUCGAGCCUUACGUGUACCGAGAGCAGUGCAGUUGUGUGCGGACAUGCGCCGAUUUGGGCCUCAACUGUACUUCUCAGGGUUGCCAGUACGAAUGUGUUUGUCCCGCUGGAUUGGUCGAGAAGACACCGGGUGAGUGUGUCAACAAAACCGACUGCCCAUGUGUGGACAACCAAGGGAGUAGCCACGAGAACGGAGACGAAUGGAUCGAGAGCUCUUGCAUCAAUUGUACGUGCAUCAACAGGGAAAUACGUUGCCAAAAACGGUGUGACUUGACUUGCCAACCAGAUGAAGUGCUAGUAAAUCCAGAAAAUGAUACCUGCUGCUACUGUACACCAAAGUGUAUCGGGUGUUAUUAUGAAUUGGACGGGAGCUGCCAUAAGGUGAACGAAACUUGGCAUGACGAAUGCAACCAAUGCUCGUGUAAGCAGAGGCCGAAUGAGCUGUAUCUCAAGUGUAUUCAAAUCGAUUGCGGAGAACUUGUCUGCCCAGAGGGAUACAAGAUAGUCCACGAUGAGGGCGAUUGCUGUCCAAAGUGUGUCCCAGAUAUUUGUCCGGGGGAACAUAUGUGUAACUCCAGCUACUGUGUCCCUAUUGUGUGGGUGUGUGAUGGGAAAGAGGACUGCCCCGAUGGAAGUGACGAAGAGAAUUGUGCAACCACCACACCUCCCCCUUCUACCACGACAGAGAUUUCCUCUACAACACGCAGAGCAACGCCGCCGCCACCCAGUUUAAAUUGCCCUCCUGGACUAGCAAAAGCUAAUUGCUCCCUUGACUGCCGAGAGCGCGCGUGCAUAGAUGGAAAGUGCUACAAGCUUCAUUACGUCGAUGAUCCCUUCAGUGUCGCCCAAACGUGCUGUGAGUGCCGUCCUGGAUUGGUGUAUAAUGGUACUACAUGCGUCCCGCCAAAGGAAUGCAAAUGUCUGGAUGAAAGCGGUGAACUGAGGGAGAUGAUUCAGCUCCUUCCAGAUGACAUGACCGAAUAUGUACUCUCUGGAAGAGAUGAGAUAAAAGCUUUCAAGAUUAUCAACGGCGUGAAGCAGGGCUUUGUCCUGUCUCCGGUCCUCUUCAACAUCUUCAAAUGGCCUGUCUGUGGUCCGAAGUGUGAGUGUGACGUGAAUUGCUACAACGUCAUCAUAGAUCCUAACUGCCCGCCAGAUAUUCCAGAUAACUGUCAAGGUUGCUUCUGCCUCGAGGUGGCGACGCAACUCGGUGUCAUGGACAACACGAGCACCUUCAACAACAAAAGUACCAAGCACGACUUUUGCCCCACCGUCAACAACACGAGCACCAAGCACGACUGUUGCACCACCUUCAACAACACGAGCACCAAGUACGACUGUUGCACCACCAUCAACAACACGAGCACCAAGUACAACCAUUCCACCGCCGUCAACAACACGAGCACCAAGCACAACUCUCGCACCGUCAACAACACGAGCACCUAG